AAGUUACAUAAAAAAAAAAAAAACAAUUAUGUUAUGUAUUUUCAUUCCCUUUUUGUAACAAAAGAGACAGAAAUUAAGGUGACAAUAAAUAUGUAAAUAACUAGGAAAAUUGAAAAAUUACAUUUCAGAGCAUUAAUGCUUACAAAAUAAUUCUUAUUUAAUUUUUUUGUUAUUACUGAUAAAGGAACGUACCGAUUGAGAGAUUGUUUUGACAAAACGAAGUUUGACUUUGACGUUUUAAAAUUGUAAACCAGAAUUGCCUGAUUGAGAGUUAUAGACUGCGACAUAAAACAUAAAUAAAUUGCCUUUCUUGUUGUGCCUUUACUGUUUUUAUACUUGAAAAUAUUUAUAGAGAUACUAUAUUAAUAUAUUAGAUUAUUAACCUUAGGUGCUAUAAAAAAUCUGUGCAAUAAAUUAGUAAUGAGCCAAAUUUAUAAAGUGUAAGCUAGUCGUUUACGUAGUGGACUUUGUAGUGUUGGAAAAUCUGCAAAAUAAAUUUCUUCGUGAAGUUUCCAUGCUUUAUACAGCGAGAUGGACGAUUUUCACGAACAAGCCAGCACAACAAACCGCGACCAGUAGCGAGGCGGCCGGGAGACGAGGCUGGCGCAAGUUAUGACGCGGUACAGGACCAACUCGAGCGCGACACAGGGCUACGAGCUGACGGUGGGCGCGGGUGCUGGCGGCGUGGGUGCGGCGGUGCAGGGCGGCGUGGGCGGCGCUUGCGCCGUCGCCGCCGGCGCCCUUGUCGCCUCGCACCCGCCGCUGCCGGCGCUGGUGCAGCCCUCCCACUCGCAUCAUGAUCCCCGGAAGAGGAAGAACUUCAGCUCGGAGGAAUACGAGAUGUCGGGGUGCGAGAGCGCCUUAUCUGCACCGGCGAGCGCCACCCGGAAACGCAAGGCUUCCUCCUACAGUACCAGUAACGCCUACGACGACGAUGCCGGUGAUGAUGCUCGCUCCACUCGGACCUUACCCGACAAGAAGCAGAACCACAGCGAGAUAGAGAAGCGGCGGCGCGACAAGAUGAAUACUUACAUAACUGAGUUGAGCUCCAUGGUGCCGAUGUGCGGGGCCAUGGCGCGCAAGCUGGAUAAGUUGACCGUGCUCAGGAUGGCUGUGAGGCACCUCCGGUCGGUCCGCGGGGCGCUGUCCGCCUGCCCUCUCACGGCCAGAUCCCGUCCUUCCUUCCUCUCCGAGCGGGAGCUGAACACUCUCAUCUUGCACCUAGCACACGACUGUUUCUUGUUGGUAGUCGGUUGUGAUAGAGGAAGACUGCUAUACGUGUCAGCCUCUGUCAGUAAUAUGCUACAUUAUGAACAGUCUGAACUAUUGGGCCAGAGUCUCUUCGACAUCCUACACCCGAAAGACGUGGCCAAAGUGAAGGAGCAGCUCUCCUCAUCAGACCUCAGUCCACGUGAGCGGCUCAUUGAUGCUAAAACUAUGUUGCCGGUGAAGACGGACAUGGUAGCGGGCGCUUCCAGGCUUUGUCCAGGAGCGCGGCGUUCCUUCUUCUGCCGUAUAAAGUGUCGUCUACCGAUGGACGCUGCUGUCUCGUCCCCUACGCCCGUCAAGGAGGAAUCUGAACCGUCCACAAAGGUCCGAAAAAAGCACCACGAUAAAAAAUACUGCGUGGUGCAGUGCACGGGCUACCUCAAGUCAUGGGCACCGGCGGAGACGUGCGAGGGCGGGAACGGCGCGGAGGGGGGCGAGGAAGGGGACGCGUGUAACUUGUCGUGCCUGGUGGCGGUGGGGCGUGCCCUGCCGGAUCUGAUGCCGGCCCAGGUGCCCCGCGCGCCGGCCCCGCCCGAGCCGCCCACCAGGCGCCUCCAGUACGUCUCCAGGCACGCCACCGAUGGCAAGUUCCUGUUUGUCGAUCAGAGAGUGACACUAGCCCUGGGAUUCCUCCCGCAAGAGCUGCUGGGCACCAGCCUGUACGAAUACGUGAGCGGGCCCGAGCUGGGUGCAGUGGCCCGCACCCACAAGACGGCGCUGCUGCAGCGCGACGCAAUGCACACGCCGCCGUACUCGUUCCGUCGGAAGGACGGCACCCUGGCCAGGAUACAGACACACUUCAAGCCUUUCAGGAACCCGUGGACGAAGGACGUGGAGUGCCUGGUAGCGAACAACACCACCCUCACGGAGGCGCACGAGCUCCUCGGCCAAGAAGAGCCGCAAUCCUCCUACGACAUGUUCAGGCACACGGGCGAUGACGCGCUCCCCGGUCAUGUAGAGAGUGGCGUUUCAGAGAACGACUUGGAGAUGCAGCGGCUGAUCGACUCGCAGAUGGAGUCGCACAAGAUCGGCAGCGCCAUCGCCGACGAGGCCCUCCGCCGCUCCUCCUCGGACUUCUCGCCCGACCUGCCCGCUGACCUGCUCCACGACGCUGUCUUCAACCAGCAGUUUGUCUCUGGCCAGGGGUCGCUAGUGGACAAUAUCUUCGGCAUGGAUAUGGCUUCCUACAGCCAAGUGAGGAAUAACGUGUCCCUGAGCUCAGCCGGCGCGGACAACUCGCCGCCGCCCACCACGAGUGAACCCAUGCCCAUGGGCACCCCCCCGCCGGCUUCACCUCCUCUCCCGACGCUUGGUAUAGACGGUAAUGGCGAAGCGGCUAUGGCCGUCAUUAUGAGCCUCUUGGAAGCCGACGCGGGCCUCGGCGGUCCUAUCAACAUCUCGGGGCUGCCCUGGCCUCUGCCAUAGACACUGUAGUACCAUCUUAGAUCAUAUAUCUCAAAUUGAAUUCGCAACAGAAUGGAAUGGAACGUCAAAUACGAUCAGCCAGUCCAAGUGGCGUUUGGCUGAUUCAUAUAAGAAAUAUGAGCUAUUUUUCAGUGUCGCAAUGUAAUUCCUUUAAAAAUCCUGCAGAUCUGUAGCAUUUUAUCAAUUUAAGAAUUGUUUUUUAUCGUUUAAUACAAAUAUACACUUUGGUCUGUGUUCGGUGAAGUAUGUCUAUUGAGAUACUCUAUCUAGGCUAGAGGUAUUUGAUCUAAGAUUACAAUGAAAUCUCGUGUUUUAUCUCAGAAUAUGUAUAGAGUCAGAAGGUAUACCAAGUCGAAACCUAGUGAUAGCACUCAUGUGAAACCGUGCACCAUGGCCGAGAUAAUCCAAAAAUUUUGUAAAGUGAGGGUACCUUCAUUUUGCACGUUACUCAAUCGUCCCACUCCGCACCCAUUUUUGUUCAAAUCUAUCCACCUUACUGGUCGUGAUCGAGUCACAAUGGUCCGAGCAUCUUUACAAACUUUUACAUUUGAUAUUAGCUGAAUCCCGUGGAUAAAAAUAACCUAUGUGCCAACCCUACCAACUGUGUACGUACCAAACUUGUGGUGGGUACAUAUUGGUGUAGCCAAUGCAAACUAUUGCAUACCGAUCCCAAUUCAAACCUAAUCCCUAAUGGUUGUUUCAUGGGUGCGGUAUCCAUUCGGUUAUUUUAGUAUUAUUGAGUAACAUAUAUAUCUAAAUUUUCCUAUUUAAAAUAGUAGUGGAAUUUCUUUUAUCCAAGGGGAAAAAUCGUCUGUGUGGUCCCGGCUUAGCAUAGGCCACCCCUUCCUUUCUCGUGGAUGUCGUAAGAGGCGACUAAGAGAUAGCGAGGGAUGGGCAGCAGCGUCCCUCUUAAAAUAUCUCCAAAGCCUAACUACGGUUGCCAAUCUGCCUGCCAAGCGUGGCAACUACGGGCAAAACCCUGCAAGGGGGAGGCUUAUGUUCAACAGUGGACAGUGAAAGGCUGUUAAUGGUGACGGGAAAAAUGAUUUAGUUCCAUGAUUUUUAUCACUAGGUCGAUAAGUCAUGAAAGUUCGGACUAAACAUUGAGACCGUGCAUUUUAUAUUGUAUUAAGAGAUACAUUUAUGAUUCUAUAAGUGUCCUUAUUAAAGGUCAAUCAAGUUUGAAAUAAAAAAAAAAAAUUGCCAACUAUAUUGUUUUAAAAUUAUUUUUUUAUUGCUAAAAAUAGUUGCCAUUUAACUGUAUUGUUGCGUUAACUUUAGCAAUUCUCUUACGAGGUCUGUCCGGAAAGUUCGUAUAAAAGUGUUCUGGAAUGCGAGAAAGAGGAGUGGGGAGGCCAGGUAAGCGCAGGACCCCUUCCUUAUGUCCCUAACAAUGCUUCAGUUCUGGUCUGACCGCCGUGCGGUGCGAACUGGCUUGUCACGCCAUCUGUGAAGUUACCUCUUAACGAAACCCCGUCGGCAUGGAGCCCGCUUCCGUUGAAGAGCAGCGCGUCGUAAUCAAGUUUCUCUCGAAACUCGGCAAGAAUGGCCGUGAAAUUUUUGCCGAUCUCAGAACAGUUUAUGGGGAUGAUGCUGUGAAGGAACCAACCGUCCACAAGUGGCUAAAAAGAUUCAGAGAGGGCCGAGACAAUGUUGAUUGUUUUUUUCGAUGUUCGGGGGAUUGUCCAUCAAGAAUUCGUCCCUCCAGGCCAGACAGUUGAUGGAAAAUUCUACGUCGAUGUGCUCAGACGCCUCAAAGCUCGUGUGGCACGAGUUCGUCCAGAAUUGGCGCGAGAGGGGCGUUGGAUUCUUCACCACGACAAUGCCCCUGCCCACACCUCUCUUGUUGUCCGUGAGUUUUUGAGUAAAAAUUCCAUUACGGUGACCGAACACCCCCCCUAUUCGCCGGAUUUGGCCCCGUGUGACUUCUUCUUGUUCCCAAAAACCAAAUUGGUACUUCGGGGGCGGCAUUUGGG